CAUUUGUAAAAUUUUCAAUUUGUUGCCAAUGUUGGCUGAAAAAAUUUGAAAUAUUAUAAUUUUACCAAGAGAAGUGCAUAUGAGAACACAUACAGGAUAUACACCUUAUAAAUGUGAUGUUUGCUGUAAAAACAUUAGUCGUAGAAGUACUUUAAAGUCCCACAUGACAGUACAUACUGGUGAUGGACGAUUUCAAUGUAAAGUAUGUGAUAAGAAUUUAAAAACCGCCGUCCGCGACUUUUUUGAAAGAGCCACAUGGCAAUAUGUGUUAAAAAUUUUACUGCAUCAAAAAACAGACUGCAGGAGUAUUUGAGAAAACAAACCUGUGUUAAAACGGUUAAAUUUGAUGUAAAUAACAUAAUGACUAGUGUCAAUGAUUUCAGAAAUGAUUUAAACACUGACCAGGAACACAAAAGAACUAAUGUUGACAUUACUUUUGGCCAGCAAUUUAUAUGUGGUAUAUGUUAUAAAAGUUUUAGCCGAGAUAAACAUUUGUUAUUACACAUGAGAACACAUACUAGAGAUACACUGAUUAAUUGUGACAUCUGUUGUAAAGAAUUUAAUCAAAUGUUCAAUUUAAAGGUGCAUAUGAGAACACAUACUGGAUAUAAACCAUACAAAUGUGAUAUUUGCUGUAAAUGUUUUAACCAAAGACGCAACUUAAAUGACCACAUGAAAAUACAUACCGGUGAAGAACUUUUUCAAUGUAAAGUGUGUGGUAAAUCAUUUAUUGAAAGACGCCAUUUGAAGACGCACAUGCGAAAAUGUAACAUGUGUAAUAAAAGUUUUACUUUGCCAAAAACAAAAAGCAUACUACGAGAUUACUUGAAAAAACAUACUAGGAAUGGACCUGAUAAAUUUGAUGUCAAUAACAUAAUGGCAAAUGUCAGAAAUGACUUCAACACUGAUCAGGAACACACGAGGUCUAAUACUGGUAAUAAACAAUAUAUAUGUGGUGUGUGUUAUAAAAGUUUUUUUCAAGAUACAGAUCUACUACUACACAUGAGAAUACAUGUACCGAUUAGUGAUGAAUCUUAUAAAUGUGAGAUGUGUUCGGAACAGUUUAAUUCAAUAAGCAACUUAAAUAAUCACAUGCGAACUCAUAAAUAUCAAUUAAGUGAUGAAGGAUUUACUGCCUCUAAAAACAUUCUUCUAGUGUAUAUGGGACGAAAACGUAAUGGGGUGAUUAAACCUGAUAAACUUGAUGUACAUAAAGAAGUUGUCACAGAUUAAGCCAAAACAGCUCGAGGGACUGUGUUGAUGUACCUUAUAAUGCAACAUAAAAUAUGCACAGAUUCUUGAGGUGCCCCUGAGUGGGAGAACCCCAAAAUGACUACCAUGUAUUUUAAUUUUUUUUUUUUAAUAAAUGUUUAUUCAAAUUGUUUUACUUGGAAAAUAUCGGGUGAAAAACAAUAACGGGGACA